GGCAGACGGGAACCGGGAGACCAGAGUCAAGGCAUUGGUGAAAAACUGGGCCAGAGAAAGGGCUCCUUUUAAGGAGGGGACCAUUUUGAGGGAGGAGGUCAGCAUUGGGGAAGUUGUUGAAGCCGUGGGCUAGCACAGCACCAGGAUAGUUCUGAGUGACGAGCACAUGGAAGGGGAUCCCCAAGAUCAAGAGGAGGAUUCUGAAGCCCAGAGGAGAGCCUCUUCCCCUCAGUCCUCUGUGCUAUGGGAGAAGUGUAUCCGGCAGAGUAUCUUUGUGGACCUGAGUGAGGAUGAGAGUCUCCACUUCAGUGACCUGGAGGGCUCCUUCACGGUGCAUCUCUCCCAGGCAGAGUCGGCUAUCUCAGGGAACAGCAUCCAUCUCAGUGAGAACUUAGAGCUGUCAGUGUCUGACUCUGGGGAGUCCUCCACAGAGAGCAGUAGCUGUGUCAGUGGCCAGAGUGAGAGAGUGGUGGAGGGUAAGACCAAGAGCAGUGGGAAGUGGGUGUCUGCCCAGAGACCCAACACUGAGCAGGAGCAGACCAUCUGGGAGUAUGAGAACGCAGGAGACACCUCCGAUGAAGAACAGGAGGACCUUCCACAUGACGGGGACCUGGGAAGCCAGUACAUUAAGCCCUCAACCAAUGACAGUCACAAGUCUGAGGAGAAUUGCAAAAUAGCUGAUGUUCUAUCAAAAGACCAAGCUGGAGCAUUGCAUUCAAGACACAAUGUUAGAGAUCAUUUUGAUUUGCCAGCAAUGGUUGGAGAGAUCAAUAUCAUACAAGGUCACAUGCAAAUUGAAGUCAACACUAUGAACCAUGUAUCUAUAACUCCACCCGAGGGAGAGGGUAAAGGAGCUUUUUUUUACUCUACAAAACCAGAGGCUGUUCCCACAUGCAGUAGUCCUGUCUGUAAAGUCCCACACCCAGACAUCACCCAGCUGCUGCUCCGUCACUUUUCCCAGGAUGAGCUGUUCUGCUCAGGCAGUCUGAUCGAGGCAGAGACCCUGCCGGAGGUGUCCCUUCUGGAGAGCAUGGACGAGACAGUGCUGAGCAGGGGCCCAUUGCACAGGAGCACAGGGAGCCCCAAUAAUAAUAAUAGUGGAGGAGCCCCACGACGCAGCAGCACAGGGGGACCCAGCAGCGAGAGUGAGAGGAGUCAGAGCCUACAGGAAGAAGAUGAAGGGAAGAGUGUUCAAAUGAGUCCAAGAAAAAACCUGGAGGAGAAAAAUGGAAGUAGGACUGCCUCAGAGGGAAAGAACACACGGAGUGCUGAGUCUUACAGCAGUGACGUCAACUCUCCUCAAUAUAGUGGCAUAUCAACCAGUAAAAGGGAAGUCCCUGAACAGGACAAUAAUGGUAGCAAUGGUUCAGACCUAACCAAAGAGGAAGAUGAGAAUGAUGAAGAUGAGGAGGAAGACCAAAUCUGUAGAGGUCCCCUGGUCAGAACCAGGUCUUUCAGCGAAUUAAAGUAUGGACAGGGCCAAGUCCACUACCCACUCCCUGACUUCUCCAAGGUGGCUCCCAAAGUGAAAAUCCCGAAGAGUACCAGUGUUCCGGUGAGACCUGUCAGUCAGUCUCCCAGCUUCCUCAGAGCUCAGUCCUCGCCAGGCAUGCUGGGUAAGUCCUCUGCUUUGGAGGUGAUCCACAGAGUGAUGGAGGACUCUAUUCAGCCCUCAGAGAGACCCUACGUGUUUCGAGACCAGGACAAGCAGACAGAAACCUCCCCAGGACUGGCGCGUCACCUACAGGCUGAAUACGAUAAACUAAUGACUAAGUAUGCAGAGGCUGAGAACCUCCUUGAUCAGAUGAGACUGGGGACAAAAGUGUUUAAAAGUAUGAUGGAUUCCCAGGACCAGCUGGAGAGGCGGUACAUCAGUAAGAAGGAGGAGCACAGAACUCUGGAGAUGCAGAACUACUUUGGCCUGGCCAGGAACACAGGCCAGUUUGACCCCGAAAGGCAGGUGGAGGGGGAGAUAUUCAGGAUAGGGAUGCAUCUAGAGGACAUUAAAGAGCUGAUUGACAGGAACGUGCGUGAGCAGCAGCUCUCCCCACCCCACUCAUCCUCCACACUCCUGUCACUGUGUGGUGGUCCCAGUCUCCCUGGUCUGCUCACCCCCUCACUUCCACCACCCAUGCAUGAGGGUCUCACAUUACAGAUUCCAGGCCCCUGUUUUUCCACUGGGGGUUAUGAGACAGUGGAGAGGGAGGAAGAUGAGGAGGAUGAGGAAGAGGCCAGUGAGGUCCAUAGACAUGAUGGUUUAGACCAGAGCUGUGAUCUCACACCUGCUGACCCCCAACUGAACAGCACAGGACACAGCAGUGUCAGUCUACGGCUCUCACAGGGCUCCCUGGAGACAGUGGACAUCACCAACACGGAGGAACAGGAGGAGGAAGAAGAGGAGAGGAGCUGGACCUGCUCGGGCCUAUCUGAGCGGAUAGCUCGUGAUAGGGUUCUGCAGUAUUUGGCUCUCCAGAACCCAGGAUUUCGAGACAGACUUUGGACAACUGAAAGCCUGCAGCAGAGUCCCCUGAGCCCAGACUGUGACCUGGGAGGGAGUGUGAGUCUGGCUUUAGAGGUUUCCUGUUCCUCUUGUCUGAAGAGCCAGUCCCAGAGCAUCACAGACCACACUCUCACCACUUCCCAGGCUCCAGCUCCAGCCUGA